AUGGGUUCAAAAGGUGCCAUUACGAAAGAUGUACUUGCAUCUAUUCUAGAUGACAAAUUAAAGCCUAUUAUUUCUACCAUGGACGGGCUAAAGGAAUCGGUUCACUUUAUGAGCGAAAAAUUUGACACUAUCACGAUGAAGAUUAAUGACCUAGAUAAGAAAUAUUCAGCAGUGGAACUUGAAAAUAAACAUUUGAAAGUCGAAGUAUUACGCUUGGCAAAUAUCGUUGAGCAUCAAAGUGUUGAAAUCAACGAUAUAGAGCAAUACUCACGCCGUGAUUGCCUGGAGAUAGCUGGGGUGCCUGAAACUGAACAAGAGAAUACAAAUGAAUUGGUGAAGAAAAUUGGUAACUUAAUUGGCGAAAAUCUCAAUGAUAGUGAUAUUUCGGUUAGCCAUCGGCUACCCAAACCAAGCUAUAGCUCGCGUACAAGUGAAGGGAUUUCUGGAUACAGUACUAAUUAUUCAAAAAUCAUCGUCAAGUUUGUGGGAAGAGACACUAAGGAACGAUUCUAUAAAGCUCGCAAAUACUUAAAAGAUAAAUCAACACGUGAUAUUGGAAUUUCUACAGUAACAGAAAACAAGAUUUUUAUAUCUGAAAGUUUAACGUCGAAAAACAGGGAACUAUUUAAAGAAUGUCUCAAGUUCAAACGUGACCAUGACUUUAGAUUUAUAUGGACGAGAUCUGGCCGUCUAUUUUUACGAAAAGACACAAAUAGUCCAAUUCACGCUAUCUCCAACAAAACGGAUCUUCAAGCAUUACUACCUCGAUAA